CAACCUACAUAUUAUGAGAUAUAUAUUAAUGAAUUAUGCUUGUCAUAUGUUGGGUUUGUGAAGUUUUUUUGUUGGGUUUGUGAAGUUGGUCUCAAUUCUCAAAUACUCCCAAUGCCUGUAUAAAUAGUCAAUGACCACACCAAAGUAUUCAUACUCAACUCCGAGGACAGCGCAAAUGUCACUCCAACAACUCCGCCAAAUCUCAGUUACUUCACACCAUUUCCAAAUCCAACCGUUAAUCCCCUACCCAAUUCAAAUCUCAACCCCUCCAAAAACCCCAUUCCUUACAACAACUCUCUCACACAAACCAACCCACUCUUCUUCUUCUUCUUCCACCAAAACCCAAGACAAUGGCAUUCCCAUUGAAGACGUCAAAAUCCUCGUAAAAUUCAAGUCCAGGCACAACUUCAUUCGUGUCCUCCAAGUUUCCAGAAAAGCCGACCACCCUUUUGCUGAUUCAAGGUUGCUCCUUCUAGACACUCCUGGAAACAUUCACAGCAUCUCUUUCCGAUUCAAAUCUUUCACAGACACUUACUUUGAUGUCUUUGCCACCUUACCUCCUAUACUACCACCAGGACCCGUCGCAAUUCUCGGGUUUGGAGCGGGUUCUGCAGCCCGUUUAUGCCUUGAGUUGUACCCGGAAUUGGUUAUUCAUGGUUGGGAGCUUGACCCAUCUGUGAUUGCAGUUGGGAGAGAGUAUUUUGGCCUUGAAAGGCUGGAGAAACAAUACCCAGAUAGGCUUUUUAUUUACAUUGGAAAUGCUUUGAAAGCUAGUGUUCGAGACGGGUUUUCGGGGAUCUUUGUUGAUUUGUUUAGUCAAGGUAGUUUGAUACCUGAGCUUCAGGAUCCAAAUACUUGGGAAGUGCUCAAGAGGUGUUUGAGGAAAGGUGGGAGAGUGAUGGUUAAUGUUGGGGGUAGUUGUGUGGAGGCUGAGGAUAAAGGGAGAGAUGGGAAGGUAGUUAUGGAGGAAUCUUUGAAGGCGAUGAGACGGGUUUUUGGCAAAAAUUUAUUUGUUUUGAGUCUUGGGAAUCGGAAGGAGGAUAGCUCGAUUGCUCUUACUGGUGAUUUGCCGGAUCUUGAGGCGUGGAAGAAGGCGCUUCCUGGUUCAUUGAGGUGUUAUGUUGAUAUGUGGACUCAAUUUUGUGUUUAAUAUGGUAUGUUCGUGUUUGUCUAUGUAGACAAACUUGUGGAAUUGUUUAUUGAAGGCUUUGUUAAUGAAAUUUUUUUGCGCUUGUUA